CUAGAAGUCAGUAGUAUAUGUUUUAGUUUCCUGUUUCAGCAUAAUAGUUCCUAGUUCCGCGGUAGCCAGUGCUGACGGUUACAAAAUCCACACGUCGCCGACGCUAGUAUCGUCGACGCUAGAAUCACCUGACCGUUUCAUAUGGCUUCCACGUUCGAGCAGGUAGACUACGUGACCGUUUCGAGAUAUUUCGUGAGCCACAGGCCAUGUUACGUUUCAGGACCACGCCUGCGUUUCUGUGCUAACCCGUUUGACGCGCGAGCUUCCCUUUAGGCAAUAUUACCUCCUUAUUGUUUCACGGCCUGCCUUUUAUUUUUUUUAACGUCUCAAGCUUCCGUAAGUCGUUAUCAUUUCGCGACCAUGGUUUCGACUGACGAGGUGAUAUAGGUUUUGAAGCAUUUUCAAAACAGCUUCUACGUAACAUCACAAUAUAGCCAGCAGCAUCAUGGUUUCAAGGAACGAGCUUAUCGAGUUCUUCUUUAAGCCAACGCAAGAUGGCCUCUCGGAUGGUCCCGAGUCACCUGAGGCUGAUCGGCUCCAAGAUAGGGCAGGAUUUGACGGUUACAGGUUACCAGAAGACGAGCGGGAGAGAGGAGAUCACAUGCGGAUCACAGAAAAUGACAGGCGGAGUAUUUUGUCAGAUAGUCAGGAUGCUGAGGAGAGUGCGAAGAGUCAGGAGAGGCAGGAGGAUGGGCAGGAGACGCGUCCGUUACGCGACCGACCGUUUUCUGCGUGGCUUAGAGCUUGUGGCGGACAGAAGACGGAUUCCGUCAGAAGGACGCCGUCAGAUUCUCCGGGAGGAGGGAAAUUGGAAGCCGACGGUGACGAUGUUGUAGGGAGAGCGAAAUCAACGGUCGCUACGGCGCCAGAAGCAGCGCAUAGGGAAGGACCAGUUACAGUGUCAGCGGCAGCAGCAGCAGCAGCAGCAGCAGCAGCAGCAGCAGCAGCAGCAGCAGCAGCAGCAGCAGCAGCAGCAGCAGCAGCAGCAGCAGCAGCAGCAGCAGCAGCAGCAGCAGCAGCAGCAGCAGCAGCAGCAGCAGCAGCAGCAGCAGCAGCAGCAGCAGCAGCAGCAGCAGCAGCAGCAGCAGCAGCAGCAGCAGCAGCAGCAGCAGCAGCAGCAGCAGCAGCAGUGUGGGUGUCAGGGGGCUCGGCGUCAACGGCAGGUGCAGCCAUAGAAAGAGCUCAGGCGUUGGUAGCAGUGGGUGCUCAGGCAGAGAGACGCAGAAUGGGAGGAGAGGCGGUGGAUGGAGCGGAGGGGAAAGCGGAAGGGGGGGCUGUAGGCGCAGGGGCAGGAGGGGACGCAGAGCGAGUAGGAGGGGACGCAGAGCGAGUAGGAGGGGACGCAGAGCGAGUAGGAGGGGACGCAGGGCGAGCUAUUGGGGAGGCAGGGGUUGGUCCAGGAAACGAAGUUGGCUCGGCUCUGAGGAGUGCCAGGGCACUGGCUUGGGAGGAGUAUAUAGAGGAGGAGAGGAGGAGGGCGGAGGAGUGGGAGAGGAAUGGGAGUGUGUGGGAAAGCACGGAGGGGGAUGAGGGGCUGGUGGUGUGGCCAGAAGAGGCAGUAAUGGAUGGGAGCGAGGAGCAGCAGAAGGAAGGAGAGCAGAUGGGGAGCGGAGGAGGGUCAAUUGCCUUGAAGGAACAUGAGAAGGAGGAGGAGGGGGUGAGGGCACCGGUGUGUAUGAGCCGGCACCUGAUGAGGCAUGAGAAGGAGGGCGUGCGGAUGGGGAAUGGAGGAGAGUCAACCGCUGUGAAGGGACAGGAGAGAGGAGAUGAGGUGGUGAGGGUACCGGCAUCUAUCAGCCGGCACCUGAUGGAGCACCAGAAGGAGGGGGUGCGGUUCCUGUACCGGCUGUUCAGACAGAAUACGGGCGGCAUACUGGCAGACGACAUGGGCUUGGGCAAGACGAUCCAGGCCAUUGCGCUGAUGGCAGCAGCGCUGGGGAAGACAGGCACGGCUGAAGACAUGGCUGCUCCUGGGGGUUCGGUAUCAGUGGCAGCAGCAGCACAGGCAGCUGCUGCUGCAUCAGUGGCAGCAGCAUCAGAGGCGGCACAAGCAGCACUGGAGGAACCAGCGGCACCACAGCAAGCAGCAUCAGCGGCAGUGGAGGCAGCUGGGAGCAGAGCAGGGGGAGCAGCACGGGGAGCAAUACUAGUGGUGGUGCCGAGUUCAGUGCUGGGCAACUGGCAGGAGGAGCUGAGUCGGUGGGGGCACUUCCGCACUGCUGUCUUCCAUGGGGCGCACAGGGAGGCUGCUCUCGUGCAGCUGAUGUCCGGAUGGGCGGAGAUUCUGCUGACCACGUUUGACACCUUCCGCUUUGCAGCCGACACCCUCUGCCCGCACCCAUGGCUCAUGGCCAUAGUGGACGAGGUGCACCGACUGCGGAGCUACAAUUCUGCUCUGUUUCAGGUAGGCGGUUGCUGUGGAAGGAUUUUCACAAGCCAGGAUUGACGAGGUGCGCGCACCCCGUCGCGGCCCCUGCUCUGCCCGCACCCAUGGC